CCGCACAAUAUAAUAGGCGAUCAUCAGUCUGAUUCCGAUCCGGCGUUGUAAUCCCAAUUCUCAGCUUGGAACUACUUCCAUCUAACCCUACCUCUCUCAGAUCGCAUCUUCUCUCCCCCUCUCUCUCCUAUCAACUCUAUUUUCUGAACCAGGGGUUGAGUCAUCUGCCUAUUCUCUAGCUCAUCUUUAAAGAUGAAUAUGCAGCAAGCUGUGCAGUCCAGAUCUUCAUCGAAUGGAUAUGGUCGCCGUAAAGUUGAAAAAGAUUCUGCAGCUAGGCGGCCUGACAGUAAAUUUCAGACCGGGAAAGCAAACUAUAGCAGGACUAUAUUUGGUAAAGGAGGGGUACUUGAGUCACCUUCACGUGAUCGAUUGAUAUAUUUAACUGCAUGUCUCAUUGGACACCGAGUGGAAGUCCAUGUGAUGGAUGGAUCUGUGUUUUCUGGAAUAUUUCAUGCGACAAAUGCAGAGGAUUUUGGAAUUGUUCUGAAGAUGGCUCACCUGAUUAAAGAUGGUUCUCAAGGAAAAAAAGAUAUUUCAGAUGCUCUUAGCAAUCCUUCUUCAAAGACACUGAUUAUACCAGCUAACGAUCUCAUACAAGUGAUAGCAAAGGGAGUGUCUGUAAUGAGGGAUGGAUUAUCAGAUGAGCAGCAAUAUGAAAGGCAGCAGGAGCUAUUAACAGAUUCCUGCAUAUCACAGUCCCAGCAUGUUGACUUGGGUAGAGAAUUGGAGCGCUGGAUCCCUGAUGAAAACAAUCCAAGUUACCCUGAGCUUGAGAACAUAUUUGAUAGCCCUUGGAAAAGGGGCUGGGAUCAAUUUGAAGCAAAUGCAACUUUAUUUGGAGUUAAGAGCACCUUCGACGAGGAACUUUACACAACAAAGCUUGAGAAAGGUCCUCAAAUGAGAGAAUUGGAGAAAGAAGCUAUGCGGAUAGCUAGAGAGAUUGAGGGUGAGGAUACCGGUGAUCUUCAUCUAGCAGAGGAAAGAGGUCGUCAGCUUGGCGAAAAUGUAGAACUUGAUGAAGAAACACGAUACUCCUCAGUCAUCCGGCCAGUUGAUGACAGUGGAUAUGAUGAGAUUGAAGACAUAUUACAGGAUUCACGAAAUGAUGAAACAUUUGGUGAUUCCUUGAGGCCUGUUAUUGGUAAACCUCCAAUUGACACGUUUCCUGGGAAAGCUAGAUAUGGGGCUCAAAUGUCAUCAAGAUUUUCAUCCUUGGGAGAAGCGCAAUCUUCUGUGUCCAGUAGCAGAGAUGUGUACCGUUCAGGUUCUGAGGAUCAUGGCACACAGAUACUGAAUGAACAGCUUCCUAAAGAAUCCUCUGGAAUUUAUGCGAGCAGGGUGCUUGACAACCAAUAUACUGGACAUGCUGAAAGCAAUAGUGUUCUGGAUGAUAAAGAUAAGCCAGUGCCGCUUGAUCGAGGUGGAGCAUCAAAGACCGAGGCUUUUGAUCCAUCACAUGUAUCAGCCGAAGGAGAUGAGAAGCCGAGCUCUAGUAAUGAGCUAUCGGAGGGUGCAUUGCCUCCCAAAACGCAAGGGGCAGCACAUUUUCUUGCCCGGCCCAAUAGUUCUGCAUCAUCUACUUCUGAUCGUGGAGGUGCUGCUUCAACUUCUGCUAGCCAAGGAUUGUCAUCUAGUUCAUCUGUUGGUUCAUUGUCAUCAGAGAAGUCAUCUCUGAAUCCAUAUGCUAAGGAAUUUAAGUUAAAUCCCAAUGCAAAGAGUUUCACCCCAUCUCAGUCGUCUAUCCGGCCUUCUUCCCCAGCUGCUGAUGGUCCCUUCUACUAUCCAGCUAAUGUGGCACUAAUGACUCAGAUGCAUGGAAUGCCUGUGAAUAUUGGGAUUGGACCUUCUUUCGCUACACACCAGCCUAUUAUGUUCAAUCCACAGGCUGCACCACUGCCACAGCCAUACUAUCAUCCAAACGGACCUCAGUAUGGGCAGCAGAUGAUGAUUGGACAACAUCGGCCAGUCUUGUACAUGCCAACUUAUCCAGCAGAAAUGCCUUACAACAAUGGGAGGGAAUUUUGAUGAAGGCUACUCGAACCAUAUUAUGUGUUUCUGUUUAUGUUUACAAAAAAGGCUGCUCUGAAAUGAUUUUUCCGACAAGGCUCAGCAGCUGAAAAAACAUCUGCUCAGCUUAGCUUGUGGGAUUAACAUAUAUUCACAAGUCAGUACAUUACCAGUAACAUUGAGUAUCUUUAUGUUCAAGCAUGGAGUACUAUACCCUUUUCUUUUUCUUUUUCUUUUUCCUCUUCACCCUGUUGUGAUUUUAGUCUUCCCUUGUUGAAUUAUUGUGAUUAUCAACUAUUUUUUAUUGUGGUUUGUAAAUAAAA